AUGACGCCUGACGAAUUGUCUAAAAGAGAGGAAGAAGAAUUCAGCACCGGGCCACUUUCUGUAUUAAGUCAAUCAGUUAAAAAUAAUACUCAAGUUCUAAUAAAUUGUCGUAAUAAUAGAAAACUAUUAGGACGAGUUAAGGCUUUUGAUAGACAUUGCAAUAUGGUUUUAGAAAAUGUUAAAGAAAUGUGGACUGAACUACCCCGGUCGGGAAAGGGUAAGAAAAAAGCGAAAUCAGUCAAUAAAGAUCGAUUUAUUUCUAAAAUGUUCUUGCGAGGAGAUUCAGUUAUUUUAGUGCUUCGUAAUCCUUUGGCAACUGCAUCUGGGAAAUAA